GGAAACCCGGGCGUCAGCGGUCAGAGACCGUCGAGCUGUGAACGUCUCUAAACUUUUGAGACUUGGCUGGAGGUUUUAGAGAAUGGGAGCUGGGAAGGACUCCAGCGUUCAGGCCUCGGCUGCUGACUCCUCGGGGUCCCCAGUGCACCGCGUAUCAAUAAGCUUAGGCCGCGUCCCUCCAGCCCUGCUCCUUCCCUCCAGUCAUGCUUCCUCCCUCCAAGUCUCGUCCUCCAAGUGAAGGGGGGGUGGGGGUCACCUGCCAGAAAAGUCUGGGGCGCCAAGGUCUGCCCCAGGAUUCCAGGCUCCAUCCCAGGGUCCAGGCCCCGCCCCUCAGUAGAUUAUCCCUAGCCGGGGCUCCCCCCGUGGGAACGGGGACCAGCUGGCCGGAAGCGCCAAACUGCGUCCCUGUCGAGCCCCGGGGAUCAAUCAGGCCGAGGAGUUAAUUAUGUAAUGAGGGGGCAGGGGGUCGGGGCUAAUGAAGCCUGGGGGGAAGGGGAGGAGGGGAGGGUACCCAGGUAUCCGGCCCCCUCUUGGACCCCUUCCAGGCCCCAGGGGUCUCCACCCCAGCCUAACUCCAGGGCCCCAAAGAGGGGAGGGGCUGUGAUCCUGGAUCUGGAAGGGGCUGAGCUGUGAGCUAUAAAGGGGGCAUCUCUCAGCACUGGGGCACUGUAGGCAGCGUGUCCCGAGGCCAGACAGGACUACUCCAUGUACCACCCACGAGAGUUGUACCCCUCCCUGGGGACUGGCUACCGCCUUGGGCCCCCCCAGCCUGGGGCAGAUUCCAGCUUCCCGCCUGCCCUGGCAGAGGGCUACCGCUACCCUGAUCUGGACACUCCCAAACUGGACUGCUUCCUCUCUGGGAUUGAGGCUGCUCCCCGAACUCUGGCUGCUCCCCCACCUCUACCCCCACUGCCCCCAUCCCUGGGCACUGAGCCGCCACCCGCUUCAGCCCCAGAGGGCCUUCAUUCACUCCCUGGAGUCAGCGUGAGCCUGGAGAACCAGGAGCUAUGGAAAGAGUUCAACUCCGUGGGAACAGAGAUGAUCAUCACCAAAGCUGGGAGGCGCAUGUUCCCUGCUUGCCGAGUAUCAGUCACUGGCCUGGACCCCGAGGCCCGCUACCUGUUUCUUCUGGACGUGGUCCCAGUGGAUGGGGCUCGCUACCGCUGGCAGGGCCGGCGCUGGGAGCCCAGCGGCAAGGCAGAGCCCCGCCUGCCUGACCGUGUUUACAUUCACCCGGACUCCCCUGCCACUGGAGCCCACUGGAUGCGGCAGUCUGUGUCUUUCCACCGUGUCAAGCUCACCAACAGCACACUGGACCCCCAUGGCCACCUGAUCUUGCACUCCAUGCAUAAGUAUCAGCCCCGCAUACACUUGGUGCGGGCUGCCCAGCUCUGCAGCCAACACUGGGGGGGCGUUGCCUCCUUCCGCUUCCCGGAGACCACAUUCAUCUCUGUGACAGCCUACCAGAACCCACGGAUCACGCAACUGAAGAUUGCAGCCAAUCCCUUUGCCAAGGGCUUCCGGGAGAAUGGCCGAAACUGUAAGAGGGAGCGAGACGCCCGUGUGAAGAGGAAACUGCGGGGCCCAGAGCCGGCAGCCACAGCAGGCUAUGGGAGUGGAGAUGCUCCAGGUGGUCCCUGUGAUUCCACGCUGGGUGGGGAUGUUCGGGAGUCAGAUCCAGAGCAGGCCCCAGUGCCUGGGGAAGCUGCCCCUGCCCCAGCUCCUCCCUGCAGUGGCCCCAGUGCUGAGGCCUACCUGCUGCACCCUGCCGCUUUCCACGGGGCCCCCAGUCACCUUCCAAUCAGGAAUCCCAGCUUCCCGGAGGCUCCAGACUCUGGGCGCCCAGCCCCCUACUCAGCCGCCUUCCUGGAGCUGCAGCCCGGGCCAGCAGGCUCAGGAUACCCAGCAGCAGCACCCUCAGCAUCCUUUGCCUCGCACUUCCUCCAAGGGGGCCCCUUCCCACUGCCCUACCCUGGGCCUGGGGCUUACCUGGAUGUGGGCUCCAAACCAAUGUACUGAGCCUUUGCUAAGCCCCCUGCCUCCCUCCCCAUCUUCCAGUUCCCUUCCCCCAGGCCCGUUGCCCCCUCACUUCUACUACCCCCUCCCCCACACCAAAUGGCUGCCUUGGGCCUCCCCCACCCCACUUCACACUUUGAUUUCGCUCCCACCCCCUCUGGCUUCAAAGCUCUGGCUAAGCCGCUGGGAGUCCAGCUGGGGCCAGCUUCCCCUUCCAGGCUCUCACCUCGGUGUGAAUGGAGGGGUUCUGCCUGGCCAAAUGGGGCCUGGGACCAGCACUCCCACCCCCAGCCUCACCCUUGGGCUCUACAAGUCCUACCCCCUCCCCAGGGCGAGCCACACGGGUCUGUUCUCAGGUCCAGAGUAUUUUUGUUAAUAAAACUCGAAAGACGUCAGUGCUCUGGAAA